AUGUCAAGAAGGCAGGCACCAAGCAGAGAGCUUGCUGCCCAAGAGCGGCAUCAAUGGCGCGACGAUGUGGAUAUUGCAUCCCUCAGCACUGCUGCACCACAUCGAUGGCACGUCGAAUCCACAUCGCUUCCCAAGAACCUCUUUCGUCAGCUACUGGGCCUCAACCCCUUCAAAACAUCUUAUUUCGCGCUUUUCCGGCCCUUGACUGACUGGCAGUCGCGGUUCAUACUUCUCGCCGGCGUAUUAUUAGCAAUUGCAGGCGGAAUACCUCUCCCUAUUAUUGGAGUUAUUUUCGGAAAGCUCAUUAAUUCCUUUCCACCCUCUGAGGAGGAGUUGCGGGUACACAUCUCUCAGCUUCUUGGCGUUGCGGUGGCAUACUUUGUGGUAACAUGGGGCUGGGCCGUCUGCUGGGGCCUGGUUGGAGAGAGAGUUUCUCGUCGAAUCCGUGAGCAAUUAGUUGAGAGAGCAAUGGGUAUGGAAAUGGCUUAUUUUGAAGUUGAAUGUCCAGAUAUUGCGAAUCGCCUCACGGCAGAUACACAGACAAUUCAGUUGGGCACUUCAGAGAAAGUAGGACUUUUCAUCCAGUCCGCGAGCUAUUUUGUCGCCGCAUUUGUUGUUGGCCUGAUACUCAAUGCCAAACUUGCCGGCAUUCUCUUUGCCGCAGUGAUCCCAUCUAUGGCUAUCAUUGUCUGCGGAGGCACGACUCUAGUGUCGACAUAUUCCAAGAAGGCCUCAUCUUUUACUGAGAAGGCUGCAUCUCUCGCCGAGGGGGCAAUACGCGCAGUCCAAGUAGUCCAGGCAUUUAAUGCAUCUGACACUCUCUCCAAUAAGCAUGUGGAUAUGUUGAGUCUGUCUAUCCGCGCGGGCAUCAGAAAAGCAAUGUGUGGAGCUCUGAUGCUUGGUAGUGUCUAUUUUGUAGCAUAUGCAGCCAACGGGCUAGCUUUCUGGGAAGGUUCACAGAUGGUGGCCUCUAACAGUUCCAAGGGUGGAGCCGGAACUGUCUACGCUGUCGUGUUCCUGAUGCUAGAUGCCGCGUUUGUUAUUGGCUCGUUUGGUCCAUUCUUACAGACCUUUGCUCUGGCUGCUUCCUCGGGUGCAAAAGCAUUUGCGAUUUUGGACCAUCCAGAACCUCACAUCAAUGUAUACUCCAAUGACGGCAUCCGCGCCGACGCAGGUACAUUCAAAGGACAAAUCAGCUUUGAUCAUGUAACAUUUGUUUAUCCCGCUCGUCCUGCCACCCGCGUUCUGGAGACGAUAAACUUAAACUUCAAACCCGGAGCCAUGACUGGUAUCGUUGGGACUUCCGGAAGCGGAAAGUCUACGGUGGCAUCGCUUCUAUUGCGAUUCUAUGACCCCUGCUCUGGGAGAAUUACUAUUGGUGGAGAAGACCUUCGAAAUUUCCAUAUCCCAAGUCUGAGAGCUCAAAUUGCACUGGUUGACCAGGAAUCUGUCGUGUUUUCUGGGACCAUCUUAGAUAACAUCUCUCAAGGCCUAGGAGAUGAUCACGGUCUGUCGGAACAAGAGGUCUUAGAACGAUGUCACCAGGCAGCACGCGAUGCAAAUGCCUAUGCAUUUAUUAACGAUUUACCGGAAGGUUUCCAGACCCGGGUCGGUGCGGCUGGUGGCACGAAGCUUUCUGGUGGACAAAAACAGAGAUUGUGCCUUGCUCGUGCUCUCAUCGGACAACCUUCUCUUCUCAUCUUGGACGAACCGACUAGUGCCUUGGAUGCUACUAGCGAAAAAUUGGUUCUCGAUGCGCUGAAUAGAGCGGCCCAUGUCUCCGGCCGAACUACCAUUAUGAUUACACACCGGCUUGCAACAGUCAAAGACGCUGAUACCAUCAUGAUCAUGCAUCAUGGAAGGCUUGUCGAACAGGGCACUCACCAAGAAUUGAUGUCCAGGGAUAGUUCUUAUAAGGAGCUUGUAAAUGCUCAAAGUCUUGUCGAAUUUGACAGCAUACCAGAAGACGACGGUCUUAUUCAAGCGCUCCCAGAAGAGCUUCCUUCUGAAAAGGCUGUUCACGAACAUGCAGUGCCGGUGGCUCAAGCGCCUUCCAAAAAGGAGAACACAUUGAGUGCUUUUGGAAUCAUCAAGAGGUGUCUCAAGCUCAGCAAACCUGAAGCUUUCUUCAUUGGAGUUGGUAUUUGUGCCUCUAUCGUUGGUGGCGGCAUGAUUAUCGGAGAAGCCCUCGUUUUUGGACAUCUGGUUCAAACCCUAAACGACAACGCCAACCCAAUCGUCGUGAAAGAUCAUGCGGAUUUUUAUUGUCUGAUGUUCUUUGUCUUGUCCAUCAUCGCCUUGGUUGCGCAUUCAGUUGGCAGCUCAUCCUUUGGCGUGGUGUCGGAGAAUCUCGUUGGUCGUACCCGUGAUCUUUCUCUGAGAGCAAUCUUACGCCAGGAUAUGUCUUGGUUCUCAGAACCCGGACAUUCGUCACACUCUCUCAUGUCAACGCUCAAUAUGGAUUCCGGUCAUCUUAGUGGUCUCUCUGGGGUUAUUAUUGGGACAGUGUUUUCGGUAACGACCUCAAUUGUUGGUGGCAUUAUUCUUGCGCACAUUGUUGCCUGGAAGAUCGCCAUCGUCCUCCUUGCAGCUGUCCCGAUCAUGAUUGUAUCCGGCUUCAUGAGGCUGCGCAUACUUGCAAAGUUUGAGGAGCUGCAUGAGACGGCAUACAAUGACGCGGCCGCCCUGGCUUCUGAAGCGUGUCAAGGAAUGCGAGCUGUGCAGGCCCUUGGCCGUGAGAAGGACAUAUUGCGCCUUUAUAAGAAGGCAAUUGAGGGACCUUACAAGAAGAGUCUUAGAUUUAUUGUCUUUGGAAAUCUCUUAUUGGCCUUCGCACUUGCUAUAACGUAUUUUGUUUACUCGCUCGCCUACUGGUGGGGUUCGCGGAACGUCAGAAAUGGAGAUUAUAGCACUUUGGAUUUCUUCAUAGUUCUGCCUGCUCUGUUAUUUUCUGCUCAAGGAGCGGGCCAACUCUUCAGUCUUGCCCCAGAACUGACACGGGCUCGAUCUGCAGCACUAAGUGUUUUUGCGUUGCACGAUCAAAAACCUUCCAUUGACAAUGGACAUCUUGGUGGAGCUUUUGACAAAACGGACAAUGAAAAGGCCGUCUCGGUUCGUAGUGGUCGAUCUGCCAGCAUGUCAGCUGAUCAGAUGUCGCCGCGUCGCGGAGCAGUGGAGUUCCGUCACGUCUCUCUGGCGUAUGCUAACAGGGGCGGUAAAUAUGCUGUUAAAGAUGUUGACCUCAGGCUUUCUCCUGGUGAGUUUGUGGCGCUUGUUGGUCCUUCUGGAGCUGGUAAAUCAUCAGCUGUUUCGCUCUUGGAAAGGUUCUUCGAUCCAACUUCAGGGUCAAUCUUCGUUGAUGGGGAGGAUAUUCGUUCUAAAUCAGUUAGUGAUCAUCGGAAGAGGUUGGCCCUUGUACCACAAGAGCCGGAUCUCUUCACUGGAAGUGUUUUCUUCAAUAUUAGUCUCGGAUUGCGGCCAGGUCAAAGGGCUACAAGGGAGGAGAUUGAGGAUACAUGCAAAAAGUGUGGCGUUCAUGACUUUGUCAUGGGACUGCCAGAUGGGUACAAUACCGAGUGUGGUCUGAACGGAUCGCAGCUGUCUGGCGGGCAGAAACAGCGAAUCGCGAUUGCUCGUGCACUCGUUCGAGACCCUGACAUCUUAUUGCUAGAUGAAGCUACGUCUGCUCUAGAUUCACACUCUGAGGCGGAGAUGCAAAAGGCCAUUGCCAUGGCAGCAUCAGAACGGACCACUAUUGUGGUGGCACAUCGGCUUGCUUCGAUUCAGAAUGCCGACCGGAUCUUUGUUUUCGACCAUGGCCGAGUUGUUGAGCAAGGAAAGCAUGCAGAGCUUAUUGCCCUCAAUGGAGUUUACGCUGCCAUGGUCAAGGCGCAGGCGCUUGCAUAA